UCUUUCAUUAAUGAUGGUGCGCAUUGCGCCCCAGAUAACGACUAUCAACAGUAUCACGCUGCCAAUAUAAAGGCUAUGCUAUCUCUCUCUCCUCCGUGAGCCCGGCGCCGACACCCGCUGCCUGUCUUUCUCUUCUCCCCACGACGCAUGGCGUUUUAGGAUUUUGGGUUCAGUUUGGAUCGGUUGCUUUGGUGAUAAAUCCCUUGGCUCUCGUCACCUGUUAAGAGUCUCACGAUUCUACUAGGGUUUGCUUACAGUUUCGUCACUUCUUGGGAUAUCUCUUAGAUUUUGCUAUAAUUCCGCGUCUAUUCUCACUCAAUGAUUGAAGACUUUCAGCUUUCGUACAAGUUUUAAAGUUUUCUAGGGUUCGUUUAGAGGUUGGCGAGGUGGGUCGUCGAUUCUUCGGUGUUUCCGUGGGAAAUUCAUUUUCGAAGUACAGUUUCUAGGGUUACACGAGGGCUUGACAUUGUGAGCUUUUGCUUAUUGCUAUUACUCUGAAUGAAUUCAGUCAUAGAUUGAAGAGUUUCCACUAUCGUGCACGAUUUAGAGUUUUACAGGAUUUAUUGUGAGGUGGGCUUCGGAUUUCUCCCGUAUUUUGGCAGGAGAUUCAUUUCCGAGAUUUUCAGGAUUUCUGGGGUGUAGUUUCAACUUUCGUACAUAUUUUAAAGAUUUCUAGGGUUUACUCAUAAGUUGGUUAGGUUAGUUUUCGAUUUCAGGGUUUCCGUGGGAGAUUCUUAAUUUUUAAAAAUUUCUGGAAACUUUUUUAGGGGUCGCUGAGAUGGCUAUCGAAGACUGGCAACAGUUUGUGCAGUCAGUGUUUAUUGGACUCAUAUUCUCUUUCCUUCUUGCAAAGCUCAUAUCUGUGGUGACUUCCUUCCGAGAGGAGAACCUCACUGUGGUGCGCGAAAGGAACGACUUGAAAUCCUCAGAGAGGGAAUCUGGAUCGGGUGAUGAUGAUUCGGGUGCAUUUAAUGACGUGAAUUCUAGGGUUAGUGAAGAAGAUUCGAUGAUUGCUGAGAAGGGUAGUGUACGAAGUGAAAGUUUAUUGGGGGAAGGUGGUGAUGAUGAUGAUGAUGAUUGGGAAGGGGUCGAGAGCACUGAGCUUGACGAGGCAUUUAGUGCCGCUACUGCUUUUGUGGCUGCGUCUGCAGCUGAUCGGCUCUCACAGAAAGUUUCAAAUGAUGUUCAAUUGCUACUAUAUGGGCUUUAUAAGAUAGCUACCGAGGGACCAUGUACUACUGCACAGCCUUCGGCUCUUAAGAUGACUGCCCGUGCCAAGUGGCAAGCAUGGCAGAAAUUGGGUGCUAUGCCUCCAGAAGAAGCUAUGCAGAAGUACAUUGAUAUUGUUACAGAGCUUUAUCCUUCCUGGGCAAGUGGUUCAACUAAAGAGCACAAACAUGGGAAUAGUGAUGCACCAAGCACGGAUGCUAAAGGGCCAAUGGGACCUGUUUUAAGUACCUUUGUUUAUGAGGAAGAAUCUGGAAAUGAGUUGAAAAUGGAUGACAUACAUGCUUUUGCUAGAGAAGGGGAAGGAGACAAUUUGCUCAAAUGCAUUGAGAGUGGGGUUUCAGUGAAUCAGAAAGAUAGCGAGGGUCGGGCGCCAUUGCAUUGGGCUGUAGACCGUGGUCACCUGAACAUAGCGGAACUGCUCGUCAGCAGGAAUGCUGAUGUAAAUAUGAAGGAUAAUGAAGGCCAAACGCCGUUACAUUAUGCCGUUGUGUGCGAGAGAGAAGCAAUUGCUGAAUUCCUUGUGAAGCAAAAUGCAGAUGCAGAUGUAAAGGACAACGAUGGCGAGACCCCCUUUGAUCUUUCUGGUUCCAAAUGGCCUUGGAUGCAAAGUAGAGCUAAAGAGACUUGACUGACGAUCCAUUCUAUUGCUUCCCCUGCUAAUGAAAUUUUUGACAAAUUUCCCAAUGGAUAUGUACAUACUAUAAAUAAGCCUUUAGGAAAAACCUUUUCGUCCUCAUCUUAUAGGCCAUUCAUUUUGUACUGUUCUGUAUUUUCUUGUUCCUUUUUUUUUUUUUAUUGAAGUGGGGAGAAUUUGAAGAAUGUUUAGUUCAGAAGAUGAAUGGUGGUGCACGUACCUUUGCUUUGCCUCCCUUUAUUACCAGUGUAAAAUAUUUGUUGCUUGAGGAUCUGUUUGGCUGCCAGGAAAAUAUUUUUUCGGAA